GCUGAGCGUGUGUGUGUGUGUGGCUCGGACCAGGGGCAGAACGGCCUCGCUGUGUUUACUUCGCUUCAUUCAUUCACUCGUUCAGUUCGGCUCCGGUGAAACAUGGAGAGAGUUGUUGUGGUUACCGGCGCCAACAGCGGCAUCGGCCUGGCCCUGUGCGAGCGCCUGCUGUGCGAGGACGGCCAGCUCCGCCUCUGCCUGGCCUGCAGGAACAUGCAGCGGGCCGAGGCCGCCCGCUCCGCCCUGCUGACCUCUCACCCCGACGCCCGCGUCGACCUGCUGCACCUGGACGUGGGCUCGGUGCAGUCGGUGCUCGCCGCCGCUCAGGAGAUCAAGGCCAGAUACCGCAGGGUUGACUUUCUUUAUCUAAAUGCAGGAAUUAUGCCCAAUCCUCACGUGGAUAUCAGAGCGUUUUUCAAGGGUCUGUUUUCCAGGAACGUCAUCAACAUGUUCUCCACCGCAGAGGGUCUCCUAACUCAGCAGGACCGCCUCAACGCUGACGGCCUGCAGGAGGUUUUUGCCACCAACCUCUUCGGCCAUUUCAUCCUGAUCCGGGAGCUAGAGCCGCUGCUGUGCCAGGCAGACCUCACCUCCCACGUGGUGUGGACGUCCUCCAGCAACGCUCGCCGCUCCGCCUUCAGCAUCCAGGACAUCCAGCACCGAAACGGCGUGGAGCCCUACAGCUCCUCCAAGUACGCCUCGGACUUGCUGAGCCUGGCUCUGAACCGGCACAAGAACAGCCAGGGCCUGGUGUCCUCUGUGAUCUGUCCCGGCCUGGUCAUGACCAACCUGACCUACGGGAUCCUCCCCUCCUUCUUCUGGACUCUCAUCAUGCCCAUCAUGUAUCUGAUCAGGAUUUUCACCAACACCUUCACUCUGACGCCGCACAACGGAGCGGAGGCCCUGCACUGGCUGUUUCUUCAAAAGCCGGAGAGUCUGGACGCCCGAGCGAAGUACCACAGCCAGACGUCGGGACUCGGACGGAACUACACCCAGCCUCGACAAAUGGACGUUGACAGUGAAACAUGUGAGGCCCUCUUCUCCAAACUUCUGGAUCUGGAGAAAGUCGUCCGGCGGAAGCUGAGCGAGAAACAAGCCGAGAACGACGCUCAUCAGAAAUACUUGAGUGAGGUGGAGUAGGUGGAGCCAGCAGGGUGGCUUUCCUCUCUGAAAAUGGACCGAAGUGCAAUUUGAAGCCUUAAUGCUCUUUAUUUCUUGCUGGACUGUUCAACAGUGAGUGUUUCUCGUAUGACAAACAAAACCUUCUCUUCUGCGUCAGGAGGUCACAGCUUGUUUUGUGUCAGUCGUCAGUGACUGCAGGAACAUUCAGUCCUCUUGCUUCAUCAUUUGGUAUAAAUGAACUGUAAUAUUACUACCUAUAAUCUUUCUCCUGUGUAC